AUGGCCCCCCCACGCAGAACGGCCAACGGCUCUACAACUACGCUCAAGUUCACUGGAGCAUCGCCAGCACGUAGCGUAACCGGAAAGAGUGCUCGCUCUCAGACUCGCGACGCCGAGUAUGAUUCGUCGUGCUCGUUCAACGGCUCACGUGUCAUCCUCGACCCAAGCAUCUACGGUAUUCAAAACACCAGCGUAAAGCGCAGUCUGGUGGUUCAUCACUCCCCUCCCCCGCCAUCAGGACCGCCGCAUUCCAGCAUGCGCUCCCCUCUUCGUUCACCGGGCCUGUUGUCGCCCCCGCCGGGCCCGUUCCGCGAAAUGUCACCAGCCGAGAAGCUGCAAGAUGUCGCACGGGCGGUCUCGCCCGUGAGCUUCUUCCUGCGUGAACCUCUGAACGACGACGACAGCUUCAUGAAUGGCGGUAACCCCUCGUUCUCCUCGCUCGGCAACUCGUCGGGCGAUGCCUCGUACUCGUACCGGGAGGAAGACGCUAUUGUGGACAGGAGCAAGGCCGCCCAGGCGUCCUCAUCCAAGCCGAAGGCUCUGCCGCGUCAACGGAAAUAUGCCAGAGCCGAAGACAUGCCCUGGCGUCCGCAGGAGGACGCCGACGAUUCUGAUGAGGGCGGGGGCGCGGGAGUGGUCGCCUCUGGAGCACUGGCAGGGCGUUCGGCAACCCGAGGAACUCGUGCAGAGAAGGGCAAGGGAUACCUCGGCACUGGCGAGCUCGGAAUCAAGCGUCGCAACCGCAAGUCGGUCAACUACAACGAGGCCGAUAGCGCCAACGAGGAGGAAGAUGGAUUUCAGCGCCAGGCAACGCCCAUGGUGGAGUUGACACCUGUCAAUGGCCUCGGCCUCCGCUCCCCCACUCCGGUGGGCAGCAACUACAUUCGCGGAGCCAGCCGAGACCCCAUGGACCGCCGAUCCCGUGAGCCCACUGCAGGAAGGGUCAUGGCGACCAACAUCACCUUGGCUGCCGCUGAGAGCAACCGUGCUGCCGUCGAGUUUGUCGGCGACCUCCUCAACUCGCUGCACUCAAUGGGCCGCAAGGUGCAGAAGAAGGUUGUGGGCGCGUUUGUGGCCCUUGCCCUUGCCCUCCGUGUUGUCUGGCUCUACUCUGUCACGCCUUCCUCUCCGACCUACCAUGCCCCAAUUGCUCCUCCUUCGUCAAUGGACGAGCUCGUUGCCCGUCUCACCUCUAUCGAGCACGCCCUCUCCGAGCUGUCAGUUGUUUCCGACACGCGCGAGGCCGCAGGCAACAAGGCAGCGCUGGGCAUCAACGACCGCGUCCACGGUCUCGAGUCGGCAGUCGCCGACGGUCACCGUACCUUUGAGGCCCGCACUGGCGAGAACUCCCGUGACGUUCGCAACAUGCGCGACACGAUCAGCCAGCUCAAGGGCGAGCUCAGCGACGUCACCUCGCGCAUCGCCAAGCACGACGGCGAGAUCAAGAACGUCGACCGCGACAUCCAGCAGCUCAAGACUCGCGUCGGUGCUGUCGAGCGCGAUGUGCGCGCCGCGCUCGACGACGGACGCCUGAGGUCAGCUCUCGAGCGUAUUCUCCCGACCUGGAUGCCCGUCCGCACCGAUAGUAAGAACCAGGACAUUGUCGACCCCCUCUUCUGGGCCGAACUGAAGAAGGUCUUUGUCGGCCAAGGUGAGGUCGAGUCGACUGUUCGCCGCAUGAUCAGCGACGGCCACAAGACGCCCAAGCAGGGAGUAUUCAGCUCGGACGAAGCUGAGCACAAGCUCAGCGAGUUGGCAGACAGGCUGUUCCAAAAGCACGCAAACGAGUUUGUGGCUAUUCGCCGCAACGAGUUUAUCGAGUUGGUGGAGCAGCAGGUCGGCACCCUCCGCGAUGAGCUCCAGGCUGUGCGCGACCGUACCGUUGCCCACCCUGCUGCCCCCCACGCUCCCUCGUCUGUCACGAUCAAGACCGCCAAGGGCCAGGACAUUACCUCGACUCUUCAGGCCCUCGUCGACGCCGCCUUGCUCAAGUACAGCAAGGACACGAUCGCCCUCCCCGACUAUGCACUCUUCACGGCCGGCGGCCGUGUGAUCCCAUCGGCCACUUCAGACACCCUCGUCCUUCAGCAGCCUUCGCGCUUCAGCAAGUGGAUGAAGGGCGACAAGAACGUUGAAGGUCGUCAGCCAGCGACCGCCCUCCACCCCGACAACGCCGUCGGGAGCUGCUGGCCGUUCAACGGGCCCAAGGGACAGCUUGGUGUUCUUCUGGCACGACGCGUUGUCGUCAAGGCACUCACUGUCGAGCACGCACCCAUGGAACUUGCCCUCGACAUGUCUACCGCUCCCAAGGAAAUCGAGGUCUGGGCAACCGUCGAGGGCGAAGAGAACCAGGCCAAGGCACAGCAGUACCUCGCGAACGGAGGUGAUCAGAAGGCAUCAAGCAUCCCCCAGACCGCUGAUCGCAUCUUGCUCACCACGAUCACAUACGACGCGUCUUCGUCCGCACCCAUCCAAACGUUCCCCGUUCCCGCAGAGAUUACCGACUAUGGAAUCGACACUGGAAUUGUCAUCUUCCGCGUCGAGUCCAACUGGGGCGGUGACUUUACGUGUUUGUACAGGGUGCGCGUCCAUGGAGACGUUGCUGUCGCUCGGGAGCAGACUGAGUAG